AUGGAAUUGGGAGCAAUACUAUCUGUCGUUCAAACACUUUUUUCUGCACUCCAAUGUUCAGAGCUGAAAGAGAUUUGUUCCAUCUUGGGAUACAAAUCUGAACUCGAUGAUCUCCAACGCACCAUCUCUACUAUCAGAGCUGUGCUUCGUGAUGCAGAGGCCAAGCAAGAGCUGUCUGAUGAGGCACAGCUCUGGAUUCAGGAGCUCAAGGAUGCGGUGUAUGAUGCUGAUGAUCUGCUUGAUGAGUUUGUCACUCUCGCUGAGCAGAAGCAACAUCUCAAGGGAGGGGAAGUCUCCAAGAAGGCUCGCCUCUUCUUUUCUCGAUUCAAUCCUCUUGUUGUUGCUUACAAUUUGUCUCGUGGGGUCAAGAAGGUCAGGAAGAAGUUGGAUUCUGUUGCCAGUAAUCACAGGCAGUUUGGUUUUUGUGUUGAUCAUCAGCCUAUUAGGAGGAGAAGAGAGGAGACUUGUUCUUACGUGUAUGCAGGUACUAUUAUUGGGAGAGAGAAUGAUGUCGAAAAUAUUGUGCAUAUGUUGCAAGGUAAUGUCCAAGGGGCUGUAUCAUUUCUUACAAUUGUGGGGAUUGGGGGGCUGGGCAAAACAGCUCUUGCUCAGCUUGUUUUUAAUGAUGAAAGGAUUGUAAACUCAUUUCCGUUGAGGAUGUGGACUUGUAUCUCUGAUCAUGAUCAGAAACAGUUGGAUACAGCAGAAAUUCUUGUUAAAAUUCUGGCUUCUGCUACUGAUGAUGUAUGGACUGAGAAUCGGAGCCACUGGCUUAAAUUAGCAGAGUUUUUGAUUGGAGGUCAUAAAGGAAGUUGGAUAGUGGUUACUACACGCUCACAGGAAACAGCAAGAAUUAUAGGAGAUGGUCUAAAGUAUGAGUUGCAAGGCUUGUCUGAAAAGAGUUCAUGGCGUUUGUUUCAAAAGACGGCAUUUGGAUUUGAACAGCCAAACUCUAAAGAUGACUUGAUUGAAGUUGGUAGAGAGAUUGUCAAAAGAUGUGCCAGAGUCUCUCUUGCUAUAAGAGUGGUCGGAAGUCUUUUGUAUGGUCAAGACAAGAGCAAGUGGCUAUCAUUUAUGGAGAUUGGAUUUGCUAAUGUUAGAGAGAGCCAUAAUGAUAUCAUGCCUAUACUGAAGCUUAGUUACCAUCAUCUUGAAUCUCCAUUAAAGAGUUGCUUCAGCUAUUGUGCACUGUUUCCCAAGGAUUUUGAGAUACAGAAGGAGAUGAUAAUUAGCCUUUGGAUGGCACAGGGCUACAUUGUUCCAUUAGAUGAAGGUCAAAGCAUGGAAGAUGCCGCUGAGGAAUAUUUUUCAAUUUUGUUGCGUAGAUGUUUUUUCCAAGAUAUACAACAAGAUGGACAUGGUGAGAUCACCUCAUGUAAGAUCCAUGAUCUUAUGCACGAUGUUGCUCAAAAUGUAGCUAGCAAGGAGAUCUGCAGAACAAUUUCCACCACUAGCAUUGUGGAUAACAGAGUUCGACAUCUAACUCUGAUAAGAAAUAAAUCUGCAAAAUACUCUUUUAUGAAGACCCGCAUUCGUUCAUGUCUUCAAGUUGGCUUCGGGCAUUGUACCAGGAUGGAUCAAUUUGCUUUGGGGGCCUUACUGGCAAAUUGCUUGUGCUUAAGGGCAUUGGACCUUAGUAAUUCAAAUAUUACAUGUCUGCCAGACUCAAUAGGCGAGUUGCUACAUUUAAGGUACUUAGAUCUUUCACAUAAUGUUUUCUUGAAUGUGCUUGCUAAGUCAAUUGUGAAAUUGCAUAAUUUGGAGACUUUAAAGCUAAAAUGUUGCUAUAGAUUGAAAGAGUUGCCCAAAAAUUUGAGCAAGCUGAUCAAACUCAGGGUCCUGGAUAUAGAGGGUUGCUCUUAUCUGACUUGUAUGCCUGGGGGUAUGGGUAAGCUGACUUACCUUCACACAUUACCUCAAUUUGUGUUGGGUGAAACAAGCUCAAGUUGGAAACAGUGGGCUGAUCAUCUAGAAGACCUAAAAGCUCUCGAAAAACUAAAAGGUUCUCUAAUAAUUAAGGUUCGGCUUCCCAAAAAUGGACCAAAAGAUAUGGAAGAUAGUGGAAGGAAAGGCAGAUACUUGAGGAGCAAGAAGCAUCUCAAUCAUAUAAACAUUAGGUUUAUGAGUAACCAGGAGGUUGAUGGAACAAUGGGUUACGAGGAAGUAUUAAUGGAAGAGCUACAACCACAUCCUAAUCUCAUGGCAUUAGAGGUUUCAGGAUACAAAGGUGUUAGAAUGCCAGGUUGGAUGACCUUUCUCCCUAAUCUUGUCAGAAUAGAACUUUCAGAGUGUGAGGAGUUGAAGAACCUUUCUUGUUUGGGAAACUUGCGUCAUUUAAAAGUCCUCGAUCUUGAAAACCUGCUAAAUUUGGACUGCAUUGAAAAUAGUACAGCAUCGGUAGCUUGCUGUAAUCAACCAGUUUCAGCAUCAGUUGGGUUUUCAAGUGCAGAAGGAUUUUCAUUCUUUCCCGCCCUUGAAAGACUUCGAUUGUAUGAUUUGCCAAAGUUGAAAGUAUGGUGGUUGGAAGUGGGAGCUGAUCAUCUUCUAGUUGGUAGCACCAGGCUGGUGCAAUGUCCAUUACUGAGUUUAUCUCAAUUGAAAACACUGGUAAUACGCAGAUGCCCUGGCUUGACGUCUUUCCCACUGUGUCCUAUGGUGGAAGAUUUAAAUUUAAUGGGUUUUAAUGAAGGACUGCGAAUAAUAAUGAGAGUGAUAGAUGCCCAAAGGGAUAAUAAUGGAGAGCCAACUAGUACUCCCUCAUUCCCUUAUUAUCAUCCAUCUUUGCAGUUUGAUCCUGGAAAUUUAAGCCAUUGCAUUCCCAGAUUAAGGGUGAUUAGAAUAGACAAUGUCGCAUGGCUGAAUUCAUUACCAAUGGGGGCUUUUAUGGGUCUUACCUAUUUGGACAUUAACUGUGACAAAGAGGUUGAGAGUUUGGAAGAAGUUGAGGAGGUGAUUCAGAGUUGUUCAUCUUCCCUGCAGUCCUUGUGUAUUGAAAAUUGUCCUAAAUUGAAGAAUAUUUUUGGAGGAUUAGAGCAUCUCACUGCCUUGAAAAAGUUAUAUAUAUCCAGCACUCCUAAUUUGAAGAUUUCAGAUGUUAGAGAGGAUGGUAGUGACACUGGCAUGCCAUGGUUGUCCCUUCCUCACAAUCUUCGCUCCUUGCAAGUGAGGGAUCUUCCACAGAUGGUAGCUUUGCCAGAGGGAUUGCAGUAUUUGACCGCCCUCCAAGCUCUUCAGAUUUCCGGCUGCAAAGGUCUGGCAUCACUGCCGAAUUGGAUGCCCAAACUCACAUCCCUUGUUCAACUUGAUGUUCAUAACUGUUCAGUAUGCCUCAGAGAAAGAUGCCAAGACCCAAGUGGGGAGGAUUGGCCUAACAUUCAACACAUCCCCUGUGUUGUAUUCCUUUAA